CUUACUCUAGAAGUAAAGAAGUCCAGGGAAAUCACUCCUCACGAUCAGUAAUAAGAGGCGCUUCCUCAAAGCCUUGGAGAAGCGACAAAAUCUACUCAGAAGAUCCGAGUGUUUUAACGCGACCGAACGAUCCAUCUAGAGACGCCAGCGGCCAUGUCAGGAGACAGCGACUUAUUCCCGUCAGCGGACGGCGGAACACAAAUGCCGGUGCAGGGAUGUUCUUCUUCGGGGACCUUGAGCAGUUUCGACUUGCAAGAUUUAGAAAAUGACUUAUGGUCCGCCUGCCCGGGAUUCUCAACGAAGGAUGUCGUGGAAGCGUUGCAGAUCAACAACAACUUCGAUCUGGAUCUGCUGGCAGCCAGCCUCUGGGACGACGAGAAGAGGGAGAGGGAGAGAGGGCAAAGGCCCUUCAUGCCUGGAUUCGCGAGUCCUUCGGAGGACAAUGCAAUCAUGAACUUGCCGUUGGACGAUAGUGAUCGAGGACUGAGUGUGAAUGACCAAGUUGUGGAUGGACUGCAGUUGAAUGAUCACCAUCCUGUAUCAUCCGAUCAGCUGACCAAAUAUUCCAGUCACGAGGAUUCUCCCCACUUACAAGAACCACAAGACUUCAGUCCAAACUAUGGCACAUAUGGAGAUCCGGCCGACUGGGCCUCUGCAACGGGCCCAUGGAAUCAUGACGGAGGAGACAGCACCAGCCAAGAAAAUGUGUUUUGGCCCACUUAUGAUUCAGCAACAACAACCUACUCUCCAGACCAACGCACUACUGGGACAUUUUCCCUCUACGAAGAGGCAGGUCGUCCGUUGGACACAGCUUCCUCGCACGAGGAUCACGCGGGCAGCGGAGAAUUUCCCUUUCCAAACGUCAACAGUGAUAUCAUGACGAGUGCAGUGCCAUGCCUUAGUGUCAAAUCUUCUCCCGGUUCAAAAUGCAAAUAUUUUAGACUGAAAACUCCCAAAGGCAACCUUGUGUUGAAAGCAACGCCCCUUGAGUACGACGACUCCUCACAUUUAGGAGACACGACAGCUUCUGCCCCCUCUUCGUGCCCCAGAGGACCCUUUCUCGGAGGCCAGGAAGUCCAUCUCUUGGCAGAGAGCGUCCGUUUGGAAGGUAGUUCCUUAGCCCCUUCGUUUUCUGCAGGUCAGCGGCAUCCGAGGCAAGAACGACAUCAAAGCCUUUCGCUAGAGGAGGCCCCAAUGAAGCGUCUCCCGGGUCAACAUCGAAAGGCUCGUCAGUUCCUUUCUACUGACGAAGAGAAGCUGCACCACCAGAGACAGCUCGCCAUCGUUCGCUCGAAAGAACAAAGCAGAGCAAAAAAGGAAAACAUCCAGCUGCUGCAGGCCAAGGAGCAAAAGGAAAUGGAGAAAAACCAAGAGCUCGGUCAACUGUGUCAGAGUUUAGAAUCGAUGAGGAUGAACUGCCAUGAAAUCUACCAUCAAUACGGGGCGCUGAUGCCUUCUUCCUCUCAACAAGCACUGCACGAGUAUGUUGUCAGGGGAAGGGGCAGCCCAGAAAUACAGUAGAGAUCCCAGUUUAGUUGAUACGAACGCUGACAAACCAAAGCUAUAAUAGAGGCGAGUUAAAGGACUAUGACAUUUAUUCGUGCCAAGCAAGUGAUACUUUUAAAUUAUUUCUAUUUAUUUCAGUGUAAUUUAUGAAUAUUAUUUCAUAUAUUUUUCCCUUUAUAUGUAAAUAUAUUUAAAUAUAUUUUAUAAAAACAUCGAAAGCAUGAGCUUAUU